CGAAUCCCGGGCUGAGGCCUCUUCCGCCCAGACCUCCCACGUCGGAAGGAAGCGCCUGUGCGGACUCUCCAGAAGUCGACUUCUUCCGUUUCCGCAGAGCUCAGCGGGCCUGGCUCGGUUCCCGCCCGCGUCUGUUCGCGGCUCCGGCCGGGCAUGGCGGUGGCGGCGGCGGCGGCCCUCACGCAAGGCCUGGAGCGCAUCCCGGACCAGACCGGCUACCUAGUCAUCAGCGACGGCGCCGUCCUGGCGUCGGCCGGCGACCUGGAGAACGACGAGCGCACGGCGGGCGCGAUGGCGGAGCUGGUGAGCACGGCCUGCGCCUUCCGGCUGCCGCGGGGCCCGGAGCUGCCCUUCCGCCGCGUCUCCGUGGUCUUCGGGGAACACUCCCUGCUGGCGACCGUCUCCGGCCAGAAGCUCUUCGUGGUGAAGCGGCUCAACAGCGUCCCGGAGCCCGUGGUCGUCUGAGCAGGCCGAGGGUGGAGGGGCCCGAUCCCCCCUCCCUCCGAAGCUCCCCCUCCCCGAGUCACGUGGAGGCAGGCUGGGCUCACCGGUCCCCUCCCCCUGCUUCCUCCCGACCCCCCAACAACAGCAGCAGCAGGAAGGAGAGGGAGGCAAACGCUCCCCCCCCCCAGUGGGUCUUCCCACCACCUGCCUUUCCUCCGUUUCAUCGUUCCCGCAGCCGCACUUCCUAACCCGGGCCACCCCUUCCCUCUUCCUGGUCCCUAUUGGGGCUGUGGCUCCAAUCCGGCACAGAUGCCUGGCGUGUUGUUGAAAGAUGCCAAAGUAUUUCGCUGUCUGAUCAUCCCAGCAAAGUGCUGCUUUGGCAGGAGUCAGCCUGUGGAAAAGCAUGUGCCAGGCAUUUGCUGUUCCAAAGAGGAGCAAAGCAAACCAGUUUACACAAAGUAUGCUUGCUGUCUGCUUUGGACUGCCUGGAACUGGAUCCAGCGGUGACUGUUAAAUCUGACCAUGCUUCGAGAUCAGAUGAAUUCAUUAGAAGUGGAAGAAGAAAGAAAGACCGUGCCAGAUGACACCAAAGAGAUCCACAAAGCAUGUUAUUUGCCGGCCAGCCAGUGCAGUUUAUUUGUAAGCACAUAGAUACAUACAGACCUGGAGUUGCUUCUGAGCAAAUAAAAAAUAUAAAUAACAAAAAUUAAA